AUGAAAGAGAUUCGCAGCUUUGUGGGGUUGGCCAACUACUACUGUCGGUUUGUGAAGGGAUUUGCUUCUAUUGCUUCACAUUUGACCCUUUUGACUAAAAAGAGACAUCUGAAGGUUCAUGAAAAGAACUAUCCUACUUAUGACUUGCAGUUGGUAGCUGUGGUUUUUGCGUUAAAGAUUUGGGGGCACUAUCUCUAUGGUGCCCGUUGCGAGGCAAAUGUGGUAGCAGAUUCCCUGAGCAGGAAAUCAGCUAAUAUGGGUAGUUUGGCUCAUUUGAUUGCGUCUGAGCAUCCGUUGGCCAGGGAGGUUCAGACUCUGGCUAAGAGUUUCAUGAGGCUUGAUGUGUCUGAUUUUGGUAGAGUUUCUUACCAUGCAGAGUUUGUGUCUAAUAAUAGUUACCACUCGAGCAUUGAUAUGGCUCGGUUUGAGGCCCUUUAUGGGAGGAGAUGUAGAUCUCCUAUUGGAUGGUUUGAUGAGUUUGAGGAAAGUCCAUGGGGUACUAACCUUUUUAGAGAGUCCUUAGAUGAAGUCAAGAAAGGUAAGCUUAGUCCUAGAUUCAUUGGUCCAUUUGCGAUUCUUAGUCGGGUAGGGGAGGUAGCUGAUGAGUUGGCUUUGCCUGCAGGUUUGUCAGGCGUUCAUCCGAUGUUUCAUGUCUCUAUGUUAAAGAGAUAUCAUGGUGAUGGUUCAUUUAUUAUUCGUUGGGAUUAUGUCUUGUUGGAUGAGAAUUUGUCGUAUGAGGAAGAGCCUAUUGCUAUUCUAGAUAUAGAGAUUGUGUUCCAGAGACAUCUUCCAGACGUCAUAUCUAGUGUGAGGCCAGUUCCCGAUCAGAUUGGAGAGUGA